AUGACUAGCACUUUGCGACGACUACCUCAGCGACUACUUCGAACACCUCAUCUUCGAAUCGCCAAACCACAAACAAGAAACAUGGCUCUGUUCCCACGCUUCGGAUCUGCAUUCGGCCCCUACCGUCAAGAGAUGGGCCCGUUUUUCAAGCUCUUCGACGACACCUUCUCUGAACUCCAGAAGAUCUCGGACACGGCUCAACGCACCUUCACGCCCAAGUUCGACGUCAAGGAGUCCAAGGACAAGUACAUCCUCGAAGGUGAACUCCCCGGCAUCGACCAGAAGAACGUGACGAUCGAGUUCGCCGACGAAAACACCCUUACCAUCAAAGGCCGCACCGAGCACUACCGCGAAGAAGGCAGCAAGCCAUCAUCCGAUGAACAACAGCAGCAGCACCAGCAAACUGCCGAAUCGGGAAGCAAAGAAGUCGCAACCACCGGAAGCAAGGAUGUCGCCAAACAUCAGCCACAAAACACGUACUGGGUCACUGAGCGCAGCGUUGGCGAGUUCGCUCGGAGCUUUGCCUUCCCAACUCGCGUCGACCACGACGGCGUCAAGGCCAGUUUGAAGAACGGCAUCCUCAGCGUCACUGUUCCGAAGUUGCUCAAGAACAACACUUCCAGAAAGAUUGAAAUCAGCAACGAGUAA